GGCGCGAGCGCGGCACCGCAAACAAACAACAGCACCCCGCCACGCCCUUCUCGCGCCACGCCCUCAUGCCGCGAAGCGAGCCUCCGCAUGGCCUCACUUCGCUCCAUCGGGGUCCAUAAGCCCGCUGCGCUGCAGUAUCUGGUCGCCGAGUCCAUCCUCCACGAAGACUGCACCGAGCGCGACUAUGUCUGGGACACCUACGCCGACGAGAGCCCCGAGGGUGCCACCGACGAGGUAGUCACCACAAAACACCAUGUCGUAUGGUCGCGCGGCGGCAUAGUGCGCAAGGUCUUCAAUUUCGAGAUCGAGAAGGAGGAGGUCGCGCAGGCUCUGCUCACAUGGUUUCCUCUUGAGGGUCCCUCCGAGGGCCUGGGGCCAGAGCACAGCCAUGACCGGUUCCUUACUCAGGAAACGCAGUCGGCUACAGAGUCCGGCAGUGCAGCGGAGGGUGCCAACGGCGUUGAGACGAGGGCGCGGGCACUGGUUGUCUUCCUCCGGUCGCAGGCCCAUGUUUUCUUUCUCUCCGGGACUACACAUAUCGUGAACCUUGCGUUUGAGGUCGACAGAGCAUUUCCAGCGGCGCGCGGAGUUGUGGUCCAGAGGAAGAUUGCGCCUCCCGUUCAAGCACCCCUCAGCCCGCAGGUGCCUAUGGCUCCACCAAACUCCUUCCUUACCAACAAUCAGUCCUUCCUUUCGCAGACCCUUUCUCAAAGCUUCACACAGACCCACCGCCGUAACAAUUCCUCCGUAGCCACAGCACGCCCAAACAAACCUCAUCAGAAUGGCUCAUCACUGUUUCUCGAUGAUCUCUUCAAGUCUGCUGCAACCUCUAACACGGACGGUCUUCCUCGGCUGUACUCAUUCACAAAUCCUCUGUCAGAGCUAGGCUUGGUCGUCAACGUGCUUACAGGUGGCGAGCGCAGUAGCAUGCUCUUGAAGAAUGGCGAGGACCAUCGUAGAACCGAAGCCAUCGAUAAAGCUGAAGAGAUCAUCUACGUCUCGCCCCAGAAUGAGGUCACGUUUGAUCGCAGCGGUAGCGACAAGCCCCUUCUGCUGAUUGUCACGGCAAACUAUGAGACCAAUGUACUUACCAUCUGGUGGGCAGCCUACCGCGAGCCCAAGUUCAUUGCAUCCUCUCGCAAACAACACGCCCCUGUGCCAUUGUCCAAGUCUCGACGACGGAGCUCGCACGGUGCUACCUCUACAGGGACGGGUGCAACCACGCCUGCAGUUCGAGGCGGCGACAGAUUGAGAGACAGCUUCGGCACAGGUCCACGUAGCAAGCCACCAGUGCCGUCUUUCAAAGAUGUCUCUCAGACGAGGGGGAAGUUGACUGAUCAAGCAGUGGACGAUGCGUUGGCUUCACAGUUAAACCCUGACUUCAAUAUAGAUCGAUUGCCGGCAGAAUCCAGACGUGUCAGUUCGCUGCUCUCUCGGGCUGAGUUGUCAACGACUUUCGACAAAUCAGCGUUUCAAGACCUCGCAACCCACCGACAGAGCGUGACUAGCAGCUUCAGUGCAAGCCAACGCAGUCGGCGCUCGUUAGGCACUGACCGUACAAGCUUCGGCUACUCGCAGUCUCGCAACCGAGCUUCGACGCCGGGCAGUAUUGCUUCUCGGCUGAGUUUUGGUGGAGCUGAUAUUGACGACACAUUUGACGACACCAUGGAAGAGAGCCAAUACGAUCUUAUGGAGGAAUAUGAUGAAGUCGACAAUCUGUUCUCCCCGCCGGAAGUUGAUGGUGAGGCCCAACCAGGCGCUGGAUUACGGAAGGAGCUGGUAAUGGAGGCAGUCGGAGAGAUCCCAGCCACGCAGUACCUCAAGCCUGGGCUUUUUGCGCUGAGUGAUCCGACUGCAACGACAAAGGCGAGUGAACGUCCAAAAGUCCUGACCGUGAACGCUCCCUUCAACUCUGCGGCCCUGCAUGAACGGAAACUUUACCUCUACAUCUCGCAUCCAUCGAUAAGGGCGCCACUGGAAUGCGAGAUUGUCGUGACCAGGAAACGCCUGAGAGUCCCAGCAUCCACCUUGCGCCUCCAACCGAAUAGCGAUGUCAAUAGAUAUGCAUGCUGGCCAAAGCUGAAAGGUACCAGGCUGCUCGAUGAAGCUACGGAUCUUGUCAAAGUGCGGUCUGGUCAUGUAGAGAGAGUUGCACUACUCAACUCCAGCGAGUCGAGCUCUUACGUGUCUUUGACUGCAGGCUGGGGUACUCACUUACCUGCGAACCUCGACCUGGGGCCUUUCAAGCUCUUUGAUCCGUACGCCAUUCUUGAAGAUGACCAGCGGGCCUCAGCAGGCUUCAAGAGGACCAUUACUCCCAAACACCCUCUUCGACAGCUCAUGUCGCCAGGACGCGCUGGUCAAUUUGAAGUCAUUGAUGCAGACGAGCGUAGACACCGUAUAGAACUCGGACUUGCACCUGCCCAUGACUCUGUCCGGGAGUCGUUUCACGUGCUGGCCACGAUUCUUCCCAACUACGCUGGCGAUUUCCUCCUGCAGAUAUGGUGGAACAUCCGCAAGACUCUUCCGAACGACACUGCGAGCAUCCUGAACAGCGACUGGAUGGCGUUCGUCGCUACCAUCUUCACGCUCGCGGUCCCUCUUCUGGACGACAAAUCGAAGAAGCCAAAAAGCCGGGUGAAGACUCAGCGCCGCAGCUUAGGGCGUCCUUCGAGUCAGGUGAGACCGGAUGAACUGAUAGAGGAUGAUAAUUCAGCGUGGCGACUGAUGUGCGAUCGUCAGAACUCUUUCUCACAGUCGAAAAGCUGGGCGUCUCCGCCGUGGGGAUGGGCGCUGCACUCUGACCCAGCUGCAGCCUUGACCUCGAGACGUACAUCGGGACUCCAUUCAGCACCUAUAUCGGGACAGUUGAGGACCAAAGAGACGCUCAUAACAGACUGCGUAGAUCUCGCGCGACAAUUCUGUCAGACACCGCUGGGCGAGACUGCAAACAAGCAGUGGCAAGCUGGGAAACAAGACCUGCGUCUAUCCACGCUCUCCGAAAUACUGGUCUCUCUGCAUCUCCACUGUGAAGAGCGCAAACUCAACAUACUGUCACAAGAUGUUGGCAAGCUGCAGGUCGGAAAUCUUGUCCCAGUGCUUGCCCAGCUCGGCUAUUGGCUACGAUGGGACGGCUGGGAUUGGAAGAAGGGCGGUUUCUACGACCUGGCCGGCGCUUCGAGCGACAACUGGACGUAUGAUGAAUCAGCUUUCGGCCCCAAGGUACGGCUACACGCGCGACCAUCAGACGGACCGCCGCCAUCGGUACUGGACUGGCUCAGCACUGUUGUAGGCCCUCGACGAUAUGCGCCGUUUCCCACACUUGCAAUGCUCAUCAGAAAGUCCAAAGCAUCCCCUCAUUCGUCCAUAAACAUCGACGAGAUCAUCGCGGAUGUAACUCCCAGGACUAUGGCCUUGCACGCAUUCUUUCGCGAUAUUGACCCGUCGUCCAGCCCAAGGAAGGUUGUAGAGCUCAUCCGGACUUGCGGGAUCAGCACAGAUGUCAUCGCUACUCUGCCUGAAGCCGCAAAGGCGCCCCUGAUGGAAGCGAUCACCAGCUGUCAAGCCAAUCCGCCCACUACCUGGUCGAGUUCUCUGCUGCAACUCGUGCAACGUGAGGAUCUUGAUUUGACCUCGACUUCGAGCGAUGGCUUCGUUCACGAUGUCAACCUGAAUCCGCUCUAUGCCACUGCAGCACCGCGUGAUGUCCAUACAAUCUGUCAGAGCGUUGAGCGUCCGGAGCCGAUACAGUCUACCGCUGAGGUCGAUCGCCACUACAUCACCAGGCUCAUCUUCCGCGAAGACAGGCGAUUCAUGGAGGUCCACACACUGCUCGAACCGUUGAGGCAGACUGUUGCGGAGUAUCGCGCCGACAGUAGAUCUGACGAAGCUGCGAUUUUGGAAGGACAGAAGAUCAUGAUGCAGUGGGUCAUGAUUCGCACCUUCUCGCUGCCAGUCGGUAGCUCCAUGAUCAAGUUUGGCAGCAAGAAGCCCCUGCUUACCGAGAAGUAUCCACUCUACGGCUUCUCUACAUCGUGCUUGAUGAAACCAAUGGGCAAUGUCGUCACUGCUGAACGACAGAAUUACUCAGAAGAGAAGUACUUCUGGGCUUUCUUCAACGCUGGUGUUGCUGCUGGUCUGAGCAUCUCUCGAGACGCGCAGGGCAUUGAUACCUCUUGGAUCAUGUACAACAAGCCUGCCGAGCUGACCAACAAACAUGCAGGCCUUCUGCUCGGGCUGGGUCUGAAUGGCCACUUACGCACAAUCGCCAAGUGGCUGUCUUUCAGAUAUCUGACACCGAAACACACCAUGACUUCAGUGGGUCUCCUGCUGGGCCUCUCAGCCUCCUUCAUGGGAACUAUGGACACGCUUGUCACACGCUUGCUAUCUGUUCACGUGACCAGGAUGUUGCCAGCAGGAGCAGCAGAGCUGAAUCUGUCUCCAUACACGCAGACGACCGGCCUAAUGGGCAUUGGUCUGCUAUACUACAACACACAGCACCGACGAAUGAGCGAGGUCAUGCUGUCGGAGAUUGAGCACGUCGAAGUCCCAGAUCCGUCAGAACCUCCAGACUCUCUCCGCGACGAGGCUUACAGGCUGGCCGCUGGAUUUGCCCUUGGAUUUAUCAACCUCGGUAAGGGCAGGGAUCUGGGCGGUCUUCGUGAUAUGGAGAUUGUGCAGCGCUUGAUGACUGUUGCUGUGGCGCCAAAGUCGGUCAACGUCGUGCACAUCCUCGACCAGGCAACGGCGGGAGCGGUCAUCGCAGUUGCGUUGAUCUACAUGAAAACGCAUGACCGCAUGGUUGCCAGCAAAAUCGACAUACCCGACACGCAGCCACAAUUCGACUAUGUCCGACCAGACAUCUUCCUUCUCCGCACUCUGGCGAAGCACAUCAUCAUGUGGGACGACAUCGAAGCAAGCGAGGAGUGGAUUAUCAAGAAUCUACCAGUGGACUACCGCGGGGAUUUUGACCUCACAGGCAUCAACAAGCUACGUAGCGAGCAAAUGCCCUUUUACAACAUCGUUGCAGGGCUGCUCUGGAGUAUUUCCCUGAAGCACGCAGGCACAGGCGACGUCCAAGUCCGAGACUUCCUCAUCAAGUAUCUCGACCAGUUCAUGCGCAUCGCCAGACUCACGUCCAUUCGCUACGAUUCUCGUCUCGCUCGAAAUACGGUCCGCAACUGCCAGGACCUCAUCGCCCUCUCCGCCGCCACCGUCAUGGCUGGCACAGGUGACCUCGAGAUCUUCCGCCGUCUGCGUGCCCUCCACGGUCGUAUUGGGCCUGACAUACCAUAUGGCAGUCACCUCGCGGCCCACAUGGCCUUUGGUGCACUGUUCAUCGCGGGCGGCACACAGACCUUCAGUAGAAGCAACAAGGCUAUUGCAAGUCUGAUCUGCGCAUUCUACCCGCUCUUCCCGUCAGACGUCCAGGAUAGUCGGGCACAUUUGCAGGCAUUCCGCCACUUCUGGGUGCUGGCCGCCGAAUCGCGAUGUCUGGUGGUGCGCGACGUCGACACGGGACGCGCAAUCAGUAUGCCCAUCACAGUGCACUUCAAACACGACGCCCAGCCGCCAAAGAAACUUGUCGCGCCCUGUCUGCUCCCCGAAGUUGACGAAGUCAGCCGCAUCGAAACCACAGACGUGAACUACUGGCCCACAACCCUCGACUUCGCAAACAACAAAACCCACAUCCGCGCCUUCCAACGCAAUCAAACCCUCCAUGUCCGCCGCCGCAGCGCCAGAGACACGUACGCGACGGCCUUCUCUGCCACUCUUGUCGCCCUCAACGACGCGCAGAGCAGCCGCACCUCACACCUCCUAUUCCACUGGGUCUUCAGUCUGCCUGCUGUCGCCGCGCUUGUUGGCACCUCCGACGCCACACUUGUGCUACCCAUCGAUCCGCACUCCAAGACCCUGCUCGAUCCCAGGAGCACCGUCGUCGAGGCCAGACUUGUGCUUGGUCGACUGGCGCAGAGCUGGGACGUGGAUGAGCUGAGGGUGCUGCGCGGUGUGUUCGAGUGGGCGGAACGCGAGAGCAAGAAGGGUGGACGGUUGAGGUGGCUGGGAAGUGAGGUCGUGGAGCGGGUGAGAGCGGGGGUGCUGGAGAGGGGGAGACGGAUUGGGGUAGGAGAGACGCAGAGCAGCGAGCGAUGAGAUGAGUGAUGUGUAUUUCAGUCAUGUUCGACGAAUGCAAUGAA